UGAGGAUUAUUGGAGCAGCCUUGAAAGAACCCAUUGGGAGUAUAUAAGGGUCAGUUCUGGUCUCGCGGCCACCACGACAGCAAGGUGACCAAUACGGCACCUUGAACCGCGAAUUCAAGAAGCGACUUCAUUUGGCGAUUUUGUUUUCUUUCUCGAGCGACAGGGAAACGAUUGAUUUUUAGAUAAACUUCAGAAGAAAUUCUCUCAAAGUGUGCAAAAUGACUUCUCCGUUUAGCCUUUUCAUUGUUUUGGCACUGGGCGCUUUGUGUGGCGCGUUCCCCCGCAUCGCAUUACGAGACUUUCAGCGGCAUGUGAGAAAAGACUUCGAAUCUUCCGGGAAUGGACCAGAAGAACCGGUCCGGGGAUCUGUCCGAGUGGUCAAACUAAGCCCUCAUUUACUGAGACGGGCAGCCGGUGCCUUUGUUAAUCAUGUGCCGUUAAGACCCCCACCCAGUCGAGGCGCAUUUCCCGCUUUUUUGGCCCUCGGGCGUCCUGGACCGUCGGCCCUGGCCCAUAAUAAACCUGCCGCCCUGCUGCCUCACCUGAGCGCGAGCAGCACCGACGACGCGAAAAAGAAACAGGGUCUCGAGAUGUGGCAGAAGGUGACGCACAAAAGCGAGCGAGCCAAAGAUGCCGUAGCACUUCAUAUCAAUCCUAAAGACAUGACCAAACAGAGCUGCAGCGCCGUGCCCUUCACACAGCGCAUAACGGAGGACGGCUGUGAGACGGUGAUCGUUCACAAUAAUCUCUGCUUUGGUCAGUGCAGCUCCAUGUUCGUCCCAUCCAGUGCAGCGUCUCGUGGACAGCGGGAGGCGCACUGCACGCGAUGCGGCCCGGUUAAAUCGCGCUCUGAGGUCGUGCCGCUCCACUGCGGGACGGAGGUGCGGGAGAGGCUCGUCAUGAUCGUAGAGGAGUGCAAAUGCGAGACUGGAGGCGUGGAGCUCAAAGUUCACAACACAGAAAUGAUUCAAUUAUGACAUUUUUCCAAUUCAGUCCCUCAAUGGUGGUGUGAGCGAUUUGUGUCUUAUGUGUCUGACAAGUGGCCAAAAUGAGAUUCGGUUCAUGCAGAUUGUAUUUACUAAGUGAAACACGAGUACCUGGAAAUUCCGGGAACUUUCUGUAAACUGCCGUCUGAUUCUCCAGCGGUAUUUUUGUUGUUUGUAGGCUAUUGAUGAAGAUGUUGUUACUAAAGAUGAGGUUACUUUAGGCCCGAUGCUCUUUCAUGUCAUUGCAUUGUUCUGCCAGUGAGUGUCGCUGUUGUAAGCAAAUUAUUGUUGAUAUUGGUCUGUACAAUAUAUCAGCAGAAGUCAUUUUCAUACAAUGGAAAAAAGUUUUUGUGCAUGUUUAAGAAAUGAAGAAAAUAUUUUUUAAAUCAAAACACGUUUCAGUGCAUUUUCUUUGGUUUUGUUUAAAUGACAAUGAAGAUAAAAUACAUUUCAAUGGUUACUUGAUUAAAGUUUGACUUUUGAGCUUUGAGCCAUGUUGUUGUA